AUGAGUAGUGGUCGUCCAGAUGGAGUGAAUUAUAUAGAUACUGUGGCUACCAAUGACCAACAAAACCAAAUUGUCCAAGGUCAGCACUCCUCUGCUUCAGCGUCCGGCUCCAGCACCGAGGAGGAAGUAGACGAGUUCGAACAGCAUGGGCGAGAUAUAGUCUGGGAUGACGCAGAGGUGGACGAUCAGCUCAAAGAGGAUUCAGAAGAACGAGAGGAGUCAGAUGAUGGAGUUCUGGCCGAAGAGUCCGAAGACCUCUCAAGUGAUGCGGUCGAAAACGCAGAUUGGGAGCUUUCCACCCGAGACUUCACGAAACAGUACAAUCGCUUGAGGCAGCAUCAACAGGCUACGUCUUCUCCCCAUAUGUCUGGAUCUGCUCGGCCCCCGCUUCCCUCCCAGAACAGUGUCUUGGGCCAAAAUGGCUCGCGAUCCAUAGCUAUUGCUGGUACGAGUAGUUCUGCAAAAUUGUCAUCGACUACGCCGAGGCAAACCAAGGAUAAAAGCGACAGGGCAACCCAAGAUCAAGUCAUGGACAGUAGAACGCGUUUGGUCUUGUCCGGUUUCACUAAUCGAGGCGUGAUUGGCCGGCUUGAGCGAUGCAUCAGCUCUGGGAAAGAAGCCAAUGUGUAUUUUGCAUCUCCCCCAGAGUCGUCGUCACGUCCAGCUGCUGUCAAGGUAUACCGCACAUCCAUACUCAAGUUCCGAUCGCGUCAAAACUAUAUUGUUGGCGAGCAUAGAUUCAGCGGAGAAUACUCGUCCUCAAGAAAUGCUCGCAAGAUGGUCCGAGUAUGGGCAGAAAAGGAGCUUCGCAAUCUGAAACGUCUGGAACAAGCGGGCGUACCUGCACCCCGUGUGAUAGAUGGCAACGGCAAUGUCCUUAUCAUGGAUUUCCUAGGAAGGGAUGGAGUAGCAUCUCCCCGUCUUAAAGACGCAGACAUAGCUGAGGAAUCUUGGCAAGGAUUUUACGUUCAGCUCUUACUUCUCAUGCGUAAGAUGUUCACCGAAUGUCGCCUAGUACACGCAGAUCUCAGUGAAUACAAUAUCUUACUACACGACGAUCAGCUCUACAUAAUCGACGUGAGCCAGUCUGUAGAAUGGGAUCACCCAAAGUCGAUGGAGUUCCUGCGAACAGACAUCAAGAAUAUGACGGCGUUUUUCCAGCGACGAGGUGGACCGGGCAUUAAAUGUUUGGGGCUCAAAAGGGCUUGGGAGUUUAUCGUGUCGAUGCCGUUGGCGGGCAAAGAGCAUGACGAGGCCAUGGUCAACAACCUUGUCGCGACUGACGACCCCCAAUCAUCCUCGCAGGAGGAGAAUGUGUUCAUGACUUCUUUCAUCCCUCAAAGUCUCGGUGAUAUACGCGACCCUGAAGCGAUUUUGAGGUCAGAGGUUCCUGAGGCGCUGGAUCGACUAGUGGUGGGCUCUGAUCACGAGGAAGUGGACACAGACAGUUUCGACGAGAUCAGUUCCGCCGCAGCAGGCUCAGAUGUGGAUUCUGGGACGACUGGUCAGAAGCAGCCUGAUAUUCUGGCUCGCCGGUCUCGCCAUGAAGACAAAGAGACGAAAAAGGAACGUAAGCAAGCUGUCAAAGCAGAGAAUCGAGCCAAACGAGAGACCAAGAUGCCCAAAGGUGAAAAGAAGAAGUUGAUUAAACAGAGCAAGGUCAAACGUUGA